AUGACAAAUAGGGCAGAAUUACUUGCCAAUGGCAAAGUUUCCCAAACUGUCUCUCUUUCUGAUCAAAGCCAGUUUACAUCAGCAAUGUUUCCUAACUUGGCUUUUGGAGAAAACAUCAAUACAAGCAGUAGUGAUAAUAUGGAUAUCAUUGACAGUACUGAAAAUGAUGAGCCCAUGAAUAUUAUUGACAAAAUUAAAGGCACCACACCCUUGCUAGUCUUUGAUUUUAGCCAGUCUCUUCCUGUUCCCAGAAACAAUGAUAAAAAGAAUCUAACGUUCAUGCAGUUGAUCCAAGAGUUCGGAAUUUCUUCAUGCAGCCCACACCUUAGAAACAAGCUUCUUGAGCACUUCUUGGAUAUCAACGCAGAUGGAUACAACAUUUGCAUCAGAAGUUGUAUGCAGUUCAACAAUAAGAAUGAUAUCACAUACGUAAAAUGUGGUGAAGCAAGAUAUAAAAAUGGUCAAACUAGCAAAAGUGACACCAGGGUUCCUGUGAGAUCAAUUGUACAGUUUCCUUUGGCCAGACAGCUUGCUUUGUGCUUGGCUGAUGACAAGACCGGGGCUGAAAUGCUCUAUUACGGGUUCAACCCACACAAUGUACCUGGAUCAGUAACCAUUGUUCAUGCAACUGUCUUGAACUUGAGUCCAACGAUCCAUUAUGAGAAAAACAGGACUAUCCAAAUAGCAAUACUUUCUGGUUGCACUGGUCCCAGUGACAUCUGGUAUUUUCUUAAGCCAACUCUGAGAGAUCUCCAUUUGCUCCAGACAGAAGGCAUGGAAGUAAAGACAAUGACAAUGACAAUCAGAGCAAAGGUGCAUGUCCUCAUGGCCACUAGCAAUAUUCUGGCUCUGGCAAAGCUGGCAUGCCAUGUUGGCCACACAAUGGGUCAAACUCCUAAACAUGGCCAGUACUUCCACAUGUUGCCUGGAACCCAGACGUGCUCACUGGAGAGUUUUAGAAACUACAAUCUGGCAAGCAGUGAAGACAGAAAGGGGCUCAAUGGUCAGUCACCAUUAGCCUCAAUAGAAACAUUCUCUGGCCUGUUUUUUUUUGCGUUAGACGAGAUGCAUGAUCUGUGCCAUGGAAUCAGUAAACAAGUAUGGGGACUUGUAUGCAGAAAGUAUGGAAUCAAGCAUUCUCUAUGUCUUUCUCUUGCCACUCAAAGGGAGAUUGGUGCUACAAUGGUAGCCGCAAAAUCCACAAUCCCUACAUUGUUGCAUAGUGCCUGGAGAGAUGUGACAAAGAAUGCCAGUUUCUUUAGAGCUGUGGAUUGGGCAGACUUUUUACUCUUUGUUGUCCUCAUGUUGGUUGCAGAGUGUGUCCAAGACUUGCUGAGAGUUAUCAACAGAGAAUCAGCCCUCAAUAAGAAAAGUCUUCUUUCUACAGCAGAUAUUGACAUUGGCGUGUUCACAAUUAACCAGCACAUUAUUCAGCAUUAUCCUCAAAUGAUUGAUCUAUAUGGCCCGCCAAGAGCAUAUAACACACGAUCCGUGGAAAGAGCCAUUAGUGAGUACUCCGGGUCCAUCAAGAGUAACUCCCAAGUCAGUGUCAAUGCUGGAAACAUCAUGAUCAGACUGGCGCAAUCCCAGUGUGUAGCAGAACUGACAACAGUUACAAGCACCAAAACUCCAUCAGCUAACCUUCUAGUUUACAGUGCAUAUACCAACGGGUGGCCUGUUACAGAAGGAGGUGAUCCUGCCAAUGCUGAGUGUGAGAUUGAGUUCUGGGGGCCUUUGAAGAAUUUAACAAUUUUCAAUAGCUUUGAAGAUAGAUCUCAUCUUUUAUUGCUUCUUAAAACGUUUUAUAAUUUGAAGGGAAAAGAAUGUAGUAUGCUUGAGCCUUCCAUAAAGACAAGUCGCAAGGCCUAUCUUAACAGUUGUGUUAUUGACGCUGCAUUCAACCAAAGUUCUACAAGAGAGGCAUGUCAUGCUCAUGUGCAGCUACAAGUGAACAUGAACUCCAGAAGAUCCGACUCUUACCAUCCAGAAUAUAAGCAUUUCUUCGGAAAGGUAGUUAUAUUCUUCCAACAUGUACACAACUCAAAGAGAUGGCUACUAGCUCUCAUAACCAUAUAUAGUGUGCAUUUGAAAAAUGGAUUGCUUAUUACACCUGUAGUAAAACCAAAGACUAUAGUGAUUCAUGCCAGUGACAUUAUAGAGUUGGUUGGCUUGGUGCCAUCAAAUGUCAAUGGUAGCCAUUACAUCAUUUGGUCUAGCCUUAAACGUGGUCCAAAAUUGACACUUGGUGCCUUAAGGGAACACCUCAUAAACGGCUAUACAAACACUUCACCCACUAUUACAAUACCCACACCCGGACUCCCUCUCACCUACUUGACUGUCCUAACAAACACCACACUGACAUUUCACCAUGCCAUCGUACUUGGGUCUAAUGACCCCCUGACAAAACCUCGCACUUGGCAAGAAAGUACUAGCCAGUUCUCUGUUUACUACACUACUCCCUGGGAAACCUCUCCCAAAUUCAUUGUUUUCUUUGAUGCUCUGCUCCAGUCCUAUUUGCCUGGCGAAAUCUUUGGCCUGCACCCUUCCAAUAAAGCUGGUACCCUCUUUGAGCUCCACUUGAGCUCCAAAGAUGUUUAUACUUGUGCUUGUUGUAUAGGCUUUUGGUACAACAACGAAACUGUUCUUGCCUCCCCUGCCAUUGCUAGCUCAUCCAAAUUGUUUAAGCUGACUUUGUCAAAGCUCCCUCGAUUCCCUCCUCAAGAGUACACUACCUUGGAUAUCAAACUUCAUAAUGCUCUCACGAAAUAUGGCUAUGUACACAAUAUCUCCAUUAACACAUUGUUUGGGUUUAUGAAUGGAAGUGGACACACAUAUGUGGAGCGUCCUCCAUAUGAGGAAGGUGCCCUCCUUCCACUUUGCUUUAAAAUGGAUUUCGAUGAUAACACAACAUUCUUGGCCACUUGGCUCAAUAUGGGAGCCCAUUGUGCUCUAUGUCAAACCAUGGGCCAUGACUGCAACAACUGCCCCAAUCGGCCAAAAGAAACUUGCUUGUGCUAUGGCUGCCAUCAGGUUGGCCAUCUUUGCUCUAAAUGCCCUCAUGCUGCCAAAGUAGACAACUCAUACAAAUGGGAUUGCAAGGUUCCUGAACUGCAAGGCCCCCAUCGCACCACUGCCACCUGCAACACCACCAACCAACCCACUGUCACUCACUCUGGCUCACAUAUGAAGAAGACCCUCCCCCCUCCUUCACCACAACCAACCUUUAUGCCCUACUUGACCCUUCCCUCUCUUCUGCCGGGUCUCAACACAACCCCACCAACAUCACCAAAGCUGGAAACACUCCUCACUGAUGAUCCCACAAUCACCAAUGACGACGUGGCAGAGGCAGAGGCAUACUUUGAGAAAAACUGCAAAGACGACCCUAUGAAGGCUAAAACUAACCACUCACAAACGCGCUCCCUAUUUAUAAGACACCUUCGAUCCUGUGGGAUCGAUAUACUUGCCCUUCAAGAAACUCAUGCCAAUACUGAACCUCUCCAACAGAUGUUCCAUACACAAUUCCAUGCCCAAGAUUCCUUAUGGUCUCCGCACUGCAGUCUUGUUUCUCUUUCUCCGCACCUAUCUUUGAUUAACUCUCUAUUCAGCCCUUGUGGCCGUUGCAUCUCUACUACAGUCAUACAUACUAAUAAUUCUAUUCCCUCUUUUCUUAUAUGCGUUGUUUAUUCCCCAGCUUCCUACCGGGACUGCUUUUCUUUCCUCCGCUCUCUUCUCAACUCUCCAGCACUACUUCCUCGUCUCCCAUCCUCAUGCAUACUUUUGGGCGACUUCAAUUACACCUACCACACUACUUCUUCUAACCCUCGCCAGGCCCCUCCCAAAUGGCUUAACUUUAUUUUUAACUAUUUCGUGGAUUGUAUCACAUUGAGUGAUUAUGUAUUUGCUUCUUCCAACCUUGCCCCGUGCCAUCAGUUCUCUUCUGUGUCCUAUAUACAUCCAAAUUGGUCCGAUUAUUGUCUAGUAGCAACUACUUUUAAGUUUACCGCCAAUCAUGCAACAGGAAAGGGAAUGUGGUGUGCCAACCCUCGUCUUGCCUGCAACCCCACUUUUUGCACUGAAUUUGAUGCCUAUAUUUCUACCUCCAUAUUUCUACUUUCUCCCUAUAUGUCCCCACAAGACCAAUGGGAUAGAUUAAAACAUAUGCUUGCAAAUUUCAUUAAGUCCUUUACUAGGUGCUGCACACAAACACUCACUACACUGGAGGCCAGAAUUCAAAGUAAACGUGACAAGUUAAUUCACAAAUUCAGACAACAACCUGCCCAAAACUUCCAAUUGCCCAUUAUUGAAAGACAGUUGCAACAAGUCCAGCUGGAGAGAGUGGAAAUUCUUGCCCUGCAUGCAGGCAAACAUUGGCGAGAGAAUGGAGAGAUCUCUACAGGAUACCUCAAGCAAACAGUUGCAGAAUGCCAAGCCCGAAAGAACAUCACCAAACUAUGCCAUCCCAUCACUGACCACUUACACACUGAGCCUGAUGACAUGACUGAAGCUGCUGCUUCUUUUUACGAAAGCCUGUAUACACCUGAACCAAUAGAUCAACUAGCCAUAGACGAUUUACUUUGCCACCUUCCCAAUGAUCUCUGCAUGUCUUGCUCUCCACAAACAAGUAUCCCAGGACCGGACGGCCUCCCUUAUGAGAUCCUCCAACUCAUUUUUCAUCACCAUUCUCGCUCUCAGUUGCUGACACAAGUGUACAAUGAUGCUCUUAGUAGUGGUCAAUUCCCUUCAUCCUGGCAAACAACAUGUGUUUCUCUGUUGCCCAAGAAAGACGAUCUCUCAUCCCUGAAGAAUUGA